UGCCCUGGGAGGUGCGGUAGGUGUAACAUCCUCUAUAUGCCUGACGUCAUAUUAUAGUUUCUUUUUCAUUUCCCAAGAUUGCAACAAAGGUCACUAAAUGCUCGGAGGUUGAUCAGUGUCAGAGAAUUCAUUACCGGAGAAAAGAAAACACAGCUUUACUACUUUCACACAUCUUCAUCAUCCGGGUGACAUCAUCACUCAUCCAGAGGGACAUUCCUACACACGACACGUGUGUGAGACCGAGACAGCGCUAUGGGGAUCAUGUAUUCAGAGCCUAUUUGCCAAGCAGCUUACAAUGGCGAACUCCACCAGGUGUACACCCUGCUCAAGGCGGAUGCCAAGAAUUUAAAUAUUCAAGAUGAAUUAUUUGGAGACACACCACUUAUAGCUGCCUGUAAGGGUGGAAAUGUCAGCAUCACCAAAUACCUCUUGGAACACAAAGCUGAUGUAUCUGUAAGAAACAAGAAACAAAGGACUUGCCUGCAUUACGUUGCAAAAAGGACAUUUUCCUUCUUGGAUUACCUCAUGAUUGUUAUUCUCAUGCCUAUCCUAUUGAUUGGGUAUCUUAUACUGAACACGAAACAGAGGCAGCAUGUGCAGCUGCUGGAGAUGGUGUUAAACAGUAAAGCAGACAUUAAUGCUGUUGACUAUAAAGGGAACACUGCGCUUCACUAUGCUUGCCAGUGUAAAAGUCACAAACUCGUUCCCCUGUUACUGGAGGCAAAUGCAGAUACUUUGAUUCAAAACAAUGAUGGCGAAACACCACUGGACAUCGCAAUCAGAUUAAAAUUCACCAAAAUUAUAGUAAUGCUGGAAAAAUCCAAAUGACCGCAUUCUCUAUUUGAGUGCAAAAGGAUCGUUUCGAUACGGUGAACAGCUGUGAGCACUCUGGUGUCAAUGAAAAGAUGUCUUCAGGUCAAUAAACCAGCAUACAUAAGAGCUCUUAACUUUAAAACAUGACUACCAUUUUCUCAUUUAAACACUUUGAAACAGACUUUUUCCACAGAGGUUUUGUUCUGUAUAGCUUUGGGAGAAAUAUUUGUUGACUAGUUAACAGUAUUAGGUAUGGAGUGUUCCACAGGGUUGAUAGGAUAAGGCUGGAUGCAGUCUUCAUGUGUAAAAUGUUUAGUGUUACUGAUGUUUUGUGUUUAAUGUUUCAGGGUUGGCUGUACUUUUUUUCUCUCUCUCUCUCUAUGAUGGCAAUUCAUGUGAUUUGUUUAAAGAAAUGUUUCUCGCACAAGUAUUGCGCAUUGGAUUUUACAUAUAAAUGUUUAUAAACAUCAGAAAGUGUAUGGUUUUUACUGAUGAAUUUCACAUGAUUUGAAUGCUUCUAAUGUUGUGUUAAGCUUCUGUC